CUGCAACACGAUUUCUCUCAGAAGCUGGCACAAGUUGAUAAUCCAAACUUAAAAUGGUGAUACUCGAUGUCUUAAUAAUAGGGGGUGGCCCUCAUGCCUUGACCCUUGCCACCUUGCUAUCCCACCCUGACCCUGAUCCAAAAUCAGACCCUGGACAUGUCUCACCCCUCUCCCUCUCCCUCUCGGACCCUGCGAGGGCUCAGACAAACUCAGAGACAUCCAACAACAAACGCUGCAGAGGCAAGAAGAAGAAGAGGGCAACAGCAGGCCUGACAUUUGAGGAGUGCCUAGCAAAGUCAACACUAGGGAGGGCCGAUUGCCCCCCGCUGAGUCUCAGAGUGGUAGAUUCCUAUGGGGAGUGGACCACUCUGUGGGAGAGCCAAUUCACAACUCUGAACAUCCCUCACCUGCGCUCACACACACUGGUGCACACAGACCCUCUCAAUAAGAAAGCACUGCAGGAGUUUGUUUUAAAGUUGGACCGUUCAGCAGAGCUUCACAGUCUUCCAGACCAAGUUUAUAUUCUGGAUGAAAAUGCAUUUUUUAAUGAUAUGAGGCUCGGCAAGAAGGAGAGGAAACGUCUCAACAUCGCCUCAACACUGAAAAAGAGUUUGUCCUUGAGUCUGCCAGGAACCAAACUAAGUGUGGAUUUCUUUAAAGAUCAGGUGGAAAGAUACAACUUGGACAAAGUGCUGGUGAAAGGAACAGUGGAGUACAUCAGCCCUGUGCUGGAUGACGAGGAAAAGGGGGAAGAAGAGACCGAGUGGAUGAAAGAGGGUGAUGACAUAAGAGUGACCGAGAGGAAAAAAGUAAAAUAUUUUGUUGUCAAACUUCAAGAAGGCAUCAAACUUACAGCCCGCCAGGUCGUUAUGGCUACAGGUCCAACCCGCGCCCAGAUGGCAAACAUCCCUUCAUGGGUGAAAAGCAUCGGAGAGAGCUACCCAGAGGAGCGUCUGCAACACACUGUGCACCUGAUGCACCACCUGUCAUCUGCUAAGCAAAAACUUAAAGAUGAUGAGAGACAGAAUGAGGCUUUUCACUCUCAAGAAUUGUGUGUAGUGUGUGAGGCAGGGCAGAGAGUAAUGGUAGUUGGUGGAGGUCUGACCAGCGCUCAUGUCGUCUCAAUUGCUCUGCAGCAAGGUGCCAGCCAUGUGACAUGGGUUAUGAGGAAGCACCUCCAGUUGAAGCAGUUUGAUGUGGGCGAUGUGGAGAGCUUGGUGGGCCGUUACUCCCACGUGGAGCACGGCAUCAAGAUGGACGGCCAGGCCUACCUACGGCAGUUCUAUAAUGAACGCAGUCUCCACAAACGGCUGGCUAUGAUUCGCCAGGCAAGAAAAGGAGGGGCCGUUACCCCCGAGGCCUACAUCCACCUACAGCCAUUCAUCCUGAGUGGACGGGUGGACGUGAAGACUUACUGUCAGGUGAGUGAAGCCAGCUGGUGCUACAGGAGCCAGGCGUGGAGUCUGUCCCUCAGCACCGGGGCCCACUGGUCUGGAGAUAUGAUCUGGCUAGCCACCGGCUGCAAACUUGAUGUCAAACAGGACCCGCUGCUUUCUGAGGUGAUGAAGGAAUUCCCCGUUCAGGUGAUAGACGGUUGGCCGUGCAUAUCAGAAAGCUUAAAGUGGACUGAAGGCUGCCCGCUCUACCUGAUGGGGCAGUACACUGCUCUUCAGGUUGGACCACAUGCAGUAAACCUUGCCGGUGGUCAGGCUGCAAGCAUUCGAAUCGCCAAAGACAUCAUGCGGGGUCAGAAACAGCACCAUGCUGAUGCUUCUGAACUGAGUGGGGAGAAAUCAAAAACUGAAGAAUAUAUCCAACAGAUGCAGGGCCUAUUAUGGCUUUAGUGUUAGACCAAAGAAUAUUAAAACAAUUCUUGAAUACUUUAAUGAUGCUGUAAAACUGACUUUGUUUUUGGGAACUAUCACACCAUUCAAAUAAACACAUGUUCAUCUUUAA